AUGGCGCCAACAUGGAAGGGUCUGCUCGGUGGCCUCCUAGCCGUCCUAUCAGCCAUCCCGAACGUCUCCGCAGCGUACCCGAAUCCGGGUGCCGUCUCCGGCAGCGUCAACGUCCACGACCCGUCCGUCCUCAAGACGUCAAGCGGCACAUACCUCAUGGCCCACACGGGAACCAACAUCGCUCUCAAGACGUCUACCGACCGCACCGUAUGGCGUGAUGCCGGUGCCGCCUUCCCCAACGGCGCCUCGUGGACAACCGCCUACACGGGCGGAGACACCAACCUCUGGGCCCCAGACAUCUCCUACCGCAACGGGCAGUACUACAUGUACUACUCAGCGUCCACUUUCGGCUCCCAAAAGUCCGCCAUCUUCCUCGCCACGAGCUCCACCGGCGCCUCCGGCUCGUGGACGAACCAGGGUCUCGUUAUUGAAUCCUCGAGCUCCGUCGACUACAACGCCAUCGACCCCAACCUCAUCGUCGACGCCAGCGGCAACUGGUGGCUAUCCUUUGGCUCCUUCUGGACAGGCAUCAAGAUGAUCUCCAUCAACCCCAGCACUGGCAAGCGCUCCGGCACGAACCUCGUCUCCCUCGCCCGCCGCACCGUCAACGAUGGCGCCAUCGAGGCGCCCUUUAUCACGCGCCGCGGGAGUUACUACUACCUGUGGGUGUCGUUCGACUUCUGCUGCAAGGGCGCCUCGAGCACCUACCGCACCAUGGUCGGUCGGUCUACCAGCGUGACAGGCCCUUUCACUGAUCGCAAUGGAGUGAGCAUGUUGAACGGCGGUGGUACUGAGGUGAUGGCUACUCACGGCUCCAUCUAUGGUCCCGGUCACCCUUCUGUGUUUACGGACGCUGAUGCCGAUGUGUUUGUGUACCAUUACUACAACAGUGCCAAUGCUGCACUGUUGGGCAUCAACCUUAUUCGGUGGGAGUCGGACUGGCCCGUUAUCUAUUGA